UCUGCGCACAGGGAUUGAUGUGACUACUUGGCGCAUACGUGUCGACAGUCAUUCCGCUUCUUCAAAUGCGCCACCACCUCAAAACUGGAUGCUUGAGCAAUUGCCGAGAGCCGUGCUGUCAUCGACAACGACAGCAGAGCAAGCUAUAAAGGAACCACUUCCAUCAUCCGCGCUCUGUGGGCUCGGUGGCUGUGCCACAACACGCACCAGUAACCCACUUCUAUUCAUCAUGCAGGUUUGUGAACCAGACUACUUGUAUACUAAGAGAACUAGCAAUUACUUUUUGGUGCAGCUUCCGAGCCCGCAGUGCUGCUUUGAUAUUGUUUGUGAGUGUCUCGGUGUAAUUAGAUCUAUUUUGUUACAGUCAGGGGAUAUUGAAAUGAACCCUGGUCCUAGUACUGAUGCUGUGCUUGCCGAACUGAAAAAACUGUCCGCUGGCCAAACCACAAUAAUAGCAGACAUGCAGGGCCUUAAAAGCCAAUGUACGGCUACAAGUGCUGCACUCGUCGACUUAAGCAAGAGGUUAGCGGAUCUAGAGGGCCAUUAUCAGAAACUACUACCAAUGCAAAUCGAGAUACAGACCAUAAGGACGGAUACCGAGCAAACGGCAAAGCUUGUUCACACUCUGAAUGCCCGCGUUGACGAUGCAGAGAAUCGCUCAAGGCGAAACAAUCUUGUGUUUUACGGCCUUCCCGAUACAGCAGCAUCAGAAACGUCGGCCGCGUCUGAAGAAAUAAUUUUACGUCUAUGCUCAGAGCACCUGAACGUGCCACUUGAACCUCAAGACAUAGAGCGAGCGCAUCGUGUUGGUCGCCAUUCUGCUAAUCACCCGCGCCCACUAAUUGUUAGGUUUAAUCAUUAUAAGAAAAAAGAAAUGGUGCUCUCAAAUGGGCGCAAACUUAAGGGCACUGAUCUCAGCAUGGGUGAGGAUUUUUCCCCGGCAGUUAGGGAAGCCCGCAGGAAACUUGUUUCGUUUGCGAAAGCCAAAUCUGUGCCAUUUUCUUUGCGCUUUAAAACUCUUUUCAUUGGUUCUAAGCGCUACGUAUACGAUGACACAUCGCAAACAGUGAAAGAAAUAUAGCAGUCAUCGCUCCAUCAAAAAACAAGCCAUCCCCCUCGAACGAAAUCUAUAGCGCAUGUUUCCCUUUCAGUAAUUUAUACUAACAUACGAAGCUUCAU